AUGUCAGCUUAUAUCAAUGAUAAACCAACUUCUUUAUCAUUACUAACAUCACAAGAUCAAGUAAUGAUUCCUUCAGAGAAUGAAGUUAAGGAUACUGCCAAUUUAUUUCAAGUGAAUUUACCAUCUACUAUUCUAUGGAAAACACAUGAAAAUCUAACAGCCCCAGUGAAAAGCAAUAUAAACACAAUGAUACAAUCGUUUAACCAUGAACAUUCUCCAACCUAUACAGUUAUGAGUAAGCCAAGCAUAGAUUUCAGGUUAACUGAAAUCAAUUCGCCGAAUUCAUCUGUUUGUAACAAUUUCAAUUCUAUUCACCAGUUGAAUGAAUCUCAUCCGUAUACUUCAACGCAUGAUUCACACAUUCAGUCGUCGUCAGUGUCAUUAUUACCGACAAGUUCAUCAUCACCACCACCGCCGUCACUAUCAUUGCCAGGAACACAUCCUAUAGUGAUACCUUUAGAAGAAAAUGAAGCAAAAGGAAUCCAUCUUCAGCCUAGUUGCCAUCUAGCAGCAUCACCAAGCGUAUAUUAUCAACAAUUUUUAUUACAGCAAUAUAAUAAAAAUAUAAUGAAUGAGACAUAUAGUUCAGCUGAUGAAAUUUAUACUAGCUACCAACCUACGAUUACAUCAUGCUACGAUACUACUACUACUACUACUACUACUACCACAAGUAGUCAUCUACAGAACUCAGAGGAUACGCAACAUACAAGCGGUAUUAAUACCACUACCACGUCGAUUCAUACCAGUCUGGAUAAGAACAUAAAUACGAAUGACGAUGAUUACAACAGAACUUCACACCCUCAUCAUCAUCUUCACGAGUUGAAUUCAGAUGACAGUAAUUUUUAUCAAAAUUUAAACAAAUAUUCUCACACAGAAAUAGGUGGAAAUUAUUCACCAUGGUCGUUAUAUUCAACUAAUAAUAAUAAUAAUAAUAAUAAUAAUAAUAAUGACGGUAAUAGUGACCAUCUACAGGCUAGUUUACCUAAUAAUGAACAGACAAAUACGCAACACCGACAACAAUACCAGAACCAACAAUCGGAUUGGUUAAGUGGUAUACACGCACUGAUCAACAACAGAUUCCCUAAUGAGAUUCCUGAAGAUACCCCAUUCUUCAAAUCAAUCAACAAUCAUGAAAGAAACUGCUUCACAACAAAUAGUACAUGGGAUUCACCUCAGCGUUAUCCUAACUAUUCGCAAAUUCAUUCUGUAUAUAAUAAUAAUAAUGUUGAUAGUUAUCAGACUACAUUACGUAAUGUUGCUUUGGAUGAAUCACAUUGUUUUAUGCAUACAUCUGAAAGAAAUAUCCCUCAGUAUCCAAGGGAUCCAUACUUCUAUCACAAUAUUGAAACCACUUCAUCCUUACGAUCAUUCGAUACACCGUCAAAUACGCAUAUGAAGGAUGAUAAUAAUAAUAAUAAUAAUGCCAGAAGUAAUGAUCAUAAUCUUUGGUCAAAUAAUAUGUGUAAUUUACUGAGUACAAAUGAUCCCUAUAAGUCGAUACUCAUGGCUGCUGCUGUAGCACAUUGUCCAGUAUAUAACAGCGGAAUAACGACUACUAGUAAUACUUCUGAUAUCAGGGAGCCUGAUAGUUGUACUAAUAUGAAUAAUUCAUCUAUACAAUCUGAUUAUACAUCACUUUAUAGAACAUUUCUAUCAGCAAAUAAUACAUUUCAUCCUAUAGAAGUGAAUAAUACGCCAAAGUAUUCACCAUUAAUCAAUAAUCAAACAGAAGAUGAGAAUCGAUUAAAAUCAUCACCAUCAAUAUCAUCAAUAGCUUCUUCAUUUAACAAUGAUUAUUCAGUAAAUCUUAUAAAAUCAUCUUUAUCAAAUAAUAAUAAUGAUAGUAAUAAUAAUUUGAGGACGACUACGACAACAGCAACAACAACAACAACAACAGUGAAACGAUAUGUUGGUCGACCAACAUGUGAUUGUCCAAACUGCCAAGAAUUGGAUCAUUUAAAUUUAACUAAUCCUAGUACAGCAGCUGAAUUACGACGUAAAAAUUUGCAUAGUUGUCAUGUACCAGGUUGUGGUAAGGUAUAUAAUAAAACAAGUCAUUUAAAAGCUCAUUUAAGAUGGCAUACAGGUGAACGUCCAUUUGUUUGUAAUUGGUUAUUAUGUGGUAAGCGUUUUACACGUUCUGAUGAAUUACAACGUCAUUUACGUACACAUACUGGUGAAAAACGUUUCCUUUGUCCAUUAUGUCAUAAACGUUUUCUACGUAGUGAUCAUUUAAAUAAACAUAUACGUACACAUUCAGAUACAACACUAAUUGAUGAAAAUAUUGAACAGAACUUGACAAAAUCUCUUGAUAAAGAAUAUUUAUCUCCUACUAAUAAUAGUAAUAUUACUAAUGAUAGUAAUGUGGACACUGAUAACCAUUCAUCAUCUACUGUUUCAUCUACUCAUAAUAUCAUCAUCAAUCCUAAUGAAUUUAUCAGAUAA